GUCUGCUCCAUCUUGAGAUGAAGAAGCCAAGUUCUAUGUUUUUUACGGACAGUUUAGCUCCCUGACGAAAUUGAGCAGAACAAGACAAGUGACGUGGGAUCCUGCCUAGACAGGUUUUGUCGAUGAGAACGAUGAACAAAAGAAAAUGGAAUGUGGAGUAACAACUAAGUGAUCACUCGGAGUUAAUAGGACUUCAAAUGUUAUUUUUCCAGUAAAUGGUAGAGGGAAAAAAACAAUCUUAACUCAGGAAAAACUUUGAACAAAUGUUUACGCUACAAAAUGUUGCUCCAUUGCCGAAAAUGUUGAAGUGAAAACAAUAUAUAUAUAUUUUUUAAAUCAGGAUUGUUUUGAGUUAAAUAUCUACAUAUAUUUCUCAUCCACGUUUUGUAAAUAGCUGUAUAUGCGUGCUGUAUAAAUAAACACACAUCAUUCAUGUAAUUUGUUUCCUAAUGUCUUUUUUGAAUGAUGCAAGAACAAUCAGAGUGUAUCGAAACGUUGGUAUUAAUGUACUUUAACCACAUCUAAAGGCACUCGUAAAAAAAAAAAAAAAAAAAAAUCAUAUAUGUUAUAUUAAAACAAUGGUUGAUGUGUUUAGAAUUGCUAUGUUUGAAACACAAUAUUUGUACACAUAAGCAGAUUUUAAAGUGGCCGAAAAGUGUCAUUGCAUGUAAUUGACGUUCCUAUAUAUGAUUUUAAGAUGAAGAAUUUUCCAGUAACAUAUCGUCUAUAAAAGUUGUAAAGCUAUAAAACAACAAAAAUGAAUGAAAUGAACAAAAACAAAAAUUUUUAUAAUGGCUCAAAAUUAUUUUUCGAAUAGAUCAUGUGAUUAGCACCUUAGACGGUCAUUUGCUUUGCUUCGCCAAAAACACGUUCUUAAAAGAUAAAUGUUAGUACAAGUUACAGAAAUUUUAUAUUACAACCACUCUUAAUGUUUUCGUUUUAUAAAAUUUGUAAAAUUUUGAAUCAAAAAAUAAACUAUUAGUCCGCCAUUGUUGAUGUCAAUAAUUACACAAUGCUCAUGGGUGCUUAAGCCCAUAAAAUCAGUCGCACCCAAGCGCCAACGGAGGGCAGCAAAACUCCAAAAAACACAAGUAACAAGUUGGCAUUGCACUGUGCUGUCAUUUUAAUCUGUUUGAGCGGGGCAUGUGCGUUAAUUGCGUCAAAUAUUUUAACGUGAUUAAUUUUUUAAAAUUAUUUACCGCCCAUUAACACGAUAAUUUUGACAGCCCUCUUUUUGUUAUUCCCUGACAAGUUUUUUGAGCUGUAUUUAAUUUUUUUACUUAGACAAUGUUGAGUGGUCUUAAGACAAAUGUUUAUUUUGUUUUAAUUCCUGAAUCGUUCAGAGAUGAAUAGCAAGCAUUUAUUUAUUUUGUAUGUUAAUACGAGUAUAAUUCAAGUUACGUUCAAAUAAUGCAAUUUAAAUUUGCUGUCAAAAUCCGGACAUUUUUUCUGUACAUAAAUGUUGUGGAGGUGGGGAACACACCACUAAUUUUGCAACUGAAAGUCCGACCUGCAUCAGAGUUAGCAUAACAGUAAACUGUGAAUUUGCUAACCUGCAAAACUCUAGUCGGAAGCUGCUUAGAGAGAAGUGUCCUCCUAUACAAGUCUUCUACUGUUAACGUUAAUUAAACUGUGAGAAAUGUAGUGAACUGAGGUUUACCUCCUUCUCCCCAAUUUUUGAAGCAGCCCACAUGAGCUUUCAUUUUUGUUGUUGUUGAGUUUGGCUGUGCUUUUGGAUAACCAGUAGUGUUUUACCAGAAGGAUGGCUCCAUUUUUAUUUAUUUUUGUUAUUCCCUGACUAAGAAGUUUGUCACUUAUAUUUAUUUAUUUUUAUUUAGACAAUGUUGAGUGGUCUUAAGACAAAUGAUUGUUUUUUUGCAUUCCUGGUUGGUUAAGAGAUUAUUAACAAGUUUGUAUUGUUUGUGUCUGGUAAUAUAGUUAAUGUUCAAAUAUUGUAAUUUAAAUUUGCUAAUAAAAUUCACAUUUAUUCUGGAAGUUUUCAAAAUGUUUCUUUAGUAGUUUUUGAAAACAAAGGUCUCAAUUGAACAGUGUAGGCUGAACCAAUACACAUAAAAGUUGGUAUAAAUCAAUAGAUUUAUUUUGCAUUGAUCAUUAUGAAUGUCCCGUCCGCAGCAAAAAGUGCUCGUGCUGUUAUAUCGUCCCUACCGAUGUUGAGACCAAACCUACGCCCUUGGUUUGUACAGUAUUUUACAUUGUUUUUGCUGAAGGCGUUUUAUUUGCAAAAAUGGAACUUUAUCGCCGUCUUGUGGCCACAACGGGGACUUACUGUGCUCUCUACAACGGAAAGCCGGAUUUCCGUAAAAGAGUGAUUGACUGCAUGACUUUUCACCGGUGGGCGUCUGAGCACCGUGGGGAGUUUCCACACUUUCAUCAUACACAACGUUUUUUUUUUUUUUUUUUUAUCGUGUCAAUCGCGUUUGUAAUCAGUCUGAGAUGGACCCCCACACGUUCCUCUACGAUGUCUCGUCGUUGUUCAUUGAUAGGUUUUGCGAAAUCAUGGACACUGGAUGUCACCGUUAUGGAUGGCGUGGAUUAGCCGCUCGAAUCCUCCCUAGCUUCACAGAGGUUCGCGUGUAUGAGCGCAUGGAGGCAGGUGGUCGCAGUCCCACCAGGGAGCUGCUAUGGUCUUGGGCCCAGCAGAAUUCCCAAGUGCGGGACCUCCUUAAAGUGUUGCAGGACAUGGGGCACUUUAGGGCUAUGCAACUCUUUCAGGAUCAAUGUCAUGCAGUCCAAGGGACAUACUUGCCUCUUAUAAAUGAAUGUGAACCAACAGAACUGGUGUCAACAGCUAAUACAAAGGAGUCCAUCAAAUUUGAGACGAGUCAUCGUCAUGAAAGUUCUGGUAAACCGUGGCCGCUGAUCAGUUUGCAGAACAUCCAAGAGGGAACCAGGGAUUUUCACAACGAAAUGAGAAUUUCAGAGGGCUGCUUCUCUGACAUCUAUCUGGCUCACAUCGAGGGCGUGAAGUUUGCAGUCAAGCUUUUCAAACAGGUGGAUAAUGUCUCUUGGAAGAGACUGUGGGAUGUUUUCCGAAAAGAAGUGGAAAUUCACAGAUUAUGCCAACAUCCAAACAUCAUAGAGUGUUUGGGCUGCUUUUCUGAUGAAAGGUGUUACUGUCUGGUCUAUCCUUACUUGCCCAAGGGAUCGCUCUUCCACAGACUCCACCGGGAGAACAGUGUUCCACCUUUGUCAUGGCAAGAACGCGUCAACAUCUUAAAGGGGGUUGCGAAGGCCUUACAUCACCUCCAUACAUCUGAACCAAGCGCGGUCAUCUGUGGGAAUCUCUCCAGUUCGAACGUUCUCCUGGACGACUCCUUGCAACCCAAACUGUCCGAUUUUAGUUUGGCGCAACUCCGGCCUCAUUCGGUGAACCGUCAUCACACCAUCACCCUGGACACCAAUGUCUACGGCAACCCGGGGUACCUCCCCGUAGAGUACCUGCGGAAUGGCAAACUCUCGGCCGGCUUGGAUGUUUUCAGCUUCGGGAUGGUUGUCAUGGAAACGGUGACAGGACGCAAAGUCGUAGAGGAGUUGCCCAAACACAUGCUGCUGAGAGAUUUGCUUUGCUCGGAAGCAGAAAAGAGCGGAAGCGUCGACUCUUGUCUGCAGUUUGUGGACACGUCAGCUGGUCUUUGGCCAACAUCUUGGGCCCGCAGUCUACUGAAUCUUUCCUUACAAUGUGUCGCGAGCCACCGCUGCAGACCCAGCAUGGACGGUGUUCUUCAAGCAUUGAGUCAGCUACUUCCACCGCCCAGCUGCUCGUCCUUGGACCGCCCUCACAGCCUAGAUGAUGGCGUCCCUAUUCAAGUCCAGGGUACAUCGUUGCACAGCGUCGCCGUGGAGGACGACGAACAGUGCGGCUUCUCCGGCUCGUCGGCGACGCAAGCUAGGCCUUGCGAAUGCAGUCAGUCCGAGGUGACGUACUUACGCGUCACCGAGGCCAAAGGAAGAGACCCGCCAUACAAAAGCUGGCCCGUACAGUGCAGCUGCCAAGCUGAAACGGGAGGUCUGGCCUGUGAAGACUGCAGGGCCAAUGGUUUUAGCAGCACUUGCCCACAGUUAGCAGAGUAACUGCAUUCUUUUAUUCUAUAUGUUCUAUGCAGGAAAUGAGAAGCCUUUUUUGAAACUGUCAGCUGCAAAAAUUAUUUCAACCUAUUUAAUUUUUUUUUUUGCUUACAAGUAUGUAAUAUGAUGGACCCCCUUUUUUUGAAGAAGUGCCCCCCACAGCUGUAUAGGUUAAAUACACUAACUAUAGUUAAAAAAAAAAAAAGUCUGACUUAAUUUUAUAUAGUUGUUUGUAUUUUUCAUGCCAAUAAAUGUCACUACGGUUAUGUAAAAUGAAAGUAAAUAAUCGCACAAAGGAAUGAAAACACAUACCAACUACAUACUACAUUUAAUCUGAAUAUGAACAUGACAAUUUAGCUUGAAAACGUUUGAAUUCGUAACAAACGCCGACUCCAUUUAAGCCAUCUCGCCUUCUUAAAAGAUUUCUAAUCAACCAGCAGCACCGUCAACAUUUGGCGUGCUCUUUACUGCUCUCUUGUGGCUAUUAUUGGUUAUUACAUGCUACACUUGGUAUUGAACCUUCUAUUACAGUGAUGUAAAAUGAAAGUAAAUAAUCAAAUAAAAGUAAGCAAAGUGACCAA